ACGAAUAACUUUUGUAUUAUGACUCACUUAUUCAACGAACUGAUGGAUGAGAGAGUGGAAAAGAGUAGGAGACAACUGCAGCGGAACAAAUCUUUCCUUGAAUUUGCAGAGCUUUUAAAAGUUUUGUUUUCUUCUUUGCUUUCUUAUCUAUGUUCACAAUUUGUGGUUUUUACAAAGUUCAAAGAGAAGGCAGUGAAAACCUUUAAACCUAAACAGUCAUGUUUACCUUCGAAAACACCUCAACUAUAUAGUCGACUACUUGGAAGAGACAAUUCAACUAUGAUUUAAAUGCUAUGAUGAAAAACGAGAAGAGAUUCGAUAGGAUAGACUCAAUUGAACUGAAUUGAACUUUUUUGAAAAUAAGUUUUCUCUUAGCAGAAUCCACAAUAUCAAAUGUCAGUAUUGUCUGCAAGUAUUUUCAGAGGAGAAAGAAAGAGGAGUUGUUGACUCUUAUAGAAAUUGGACAUUGAUGAUAUGCACUUGUGUGCAGGAGAAUGAUUUGAUUAAUACACUAGUGCAAUCUUUCAAAUAUUUCGAAGAUACCUUUUAACACAAUUCAAAACUAAAAGCUUUUCAUUUGAAGGCUAUUUUUGGUGUCAAUUUUGCAAUAUUGCAGAGUUGGCAAUGAUUCAAAAUGAAUAGACUAUACAUACAUACAUGUUGAAUACAACUAGAAUGAAAAAUAUCCUUUCUUUUCCAAGUACUUAGUAAAGUGGUUACCGAAGAAUAUCUCAAAACAUUCUUCAAUUGUCUGCUAUGUUGUCUUUCUAGUCUGUUGAAAAAAGACUAGUAACUCCUUUUACUAUAAUUUUCAAAGACUGAGACAGAAAAAGUUUGUUUGUAGAUUUCACUUGGACUGUCCUUCCUAUCUUUUGUUAACUGAAUAGAAGAGAGUUUUCCUCGGUUUUAGACCAAACGAAAAAAGUGG